AUGGUGCACCAACGCACCUAUCUCGGUGAAGGAGUGUUGCGGGCUGACGUCUUGCAGGCAGUGCAACCGACGACGGGCGAAGUGCUUUACGACUCCUUUCAAGAGAGCUCCGGCGGAGGGGAGUUGGAGCAGAGGCUGGAAUCGCUCCAGCCGGUGGAGAUAGUCCUGUCGGAAAAGUCGAGUCCAACGGUUCUCAGGACGGUGUCCUCGUACCAAAGUUUGAGCCGUGAAGGGGUGAGAGUGGAGCACCUGUCCCCGUCUCAGUUCGACCUCUCGGCCUCCCUGGACGCCCUGACCAAGUUCUACCGCAGAGACGGCGUGGAGAGCAAGGGCGAACUCGCAAUGCUAAUGGCUCUCCCUCCGGUCGUGGUGUGCUGCAUCGGGUCUCUUCUCGGCUACCUCGCCACCUUCAAGCUGGAGGAGGUGCUGAGGGAUGUCAGCCGUUUUACGGCCAUGGCCAGCGAGUGUCAGAGAAUGGCCUUCACUUCGGCCACGCUCCGGCGGCUGGACUUGUUCCGCAACUCCCUGGACGGGACGUCUCGGGGCAGCUUGCUGGACGUCAUGGACCACACGGCCACCGCCUUCGGCCGACGCCUCUUGUUCUCCUGGCUUGGCCAGCCCCUGGCAGACCUCGGGUGA